AUGUUUUCCGCCAUCGACAUCAUUCAUGCUGUCAGAUUUGCGUGGGACGUAUACAAUUUGGGGUGGAGUGAAGAGUUGAACGCAAGCAAACAAUAUGAGGAUUUCUGGAACGAUGUAAGAAGUCUUGCUGAAAACCUCCAAGAUAUUUCACGGGUUGUCGAGAACGCCAAAGCGACAUGGACUCAACAAUCUCUUCAACUUGUGCGGUCCCCUGGACUGCCUUCACAGAAAGAUUGGGACCUUACAUCCCUGCGCGAGAUAAUUGGGGACUACCACAAAACACUUACGGACUGCCGGAAACUGCUCGAGGAGAAUCCCGAGUUUCGGAAAAAUCGCAACUUUGCUUACAAUAUUGAAUGGAAUAAGGUGAUUCAGCCGAAAGUUGAGCUUCUGCGGAAGAGGCUGGAGUUUCACAACACUAAAAUUUUAGUUCUCUUAAGGCCUUUGGAGCUGAACCUUCUUUCUGAGAUUCACCGAGAUCUCGCAAACCGUAUCGAUGCAGUCCAUCAAACUCUCCUACAAUUGCGUGGUCUCCUCAUCCCCGACGUCGUGCAAGCCAUAUCUGAACAAGAAACUGCUGUUGUGGUCGAUCUAGAUGUCCCUGACGAAAUUGAAAGCCGGUUUCGUUUGGCAGCCGAAAGGUCAUAUCCCGAGAUCCGGACAGCUGGAAACUUCCCUCUGCAUGCCGGCGCCGAUUCAUUCGUUGAGUAUUUCGAGGAGAGUACUAAAGGCUUCACAGCGAGGGGAAGCUUUCUUGAUGCACGAACACCACCAGCGCAACAAUACCUCGCACUUCUCAAAUGCAUUUGGAUAAUGAGAUGCCUGUCAAACUGCGAGGCGCUCCGAAGCGCAUCAGCCGAUUCCCAAUGGCCCGGUUAUGUACAUCAACUGAGGGAGGAUCUCUCCAUGGAGUGUCAACGUUUCAAGGCUCCAACCCCUCAGGCACAGCGAUUGAUUGUUCCAGAUCUAAGCGGAAUUAGCAAUGACGUUGCAUAUGACAUCUGGCCGGCGGAGAAUAUUGCAGACUACAUGUCGCGACACACUGAGGAGCGAGCCUUGGAGGAGGUCCUGAAAUUCCCAAUGCCGAGUCAGUCCGAGUCCCUGCAUCGGGAACUGAAGAUUUUGCGACUGGAAUCGACCAGAUACCGCCUUGUGGAAUCCGUUGAAGAUAAAAGCACUAAGCCAAACCGCCGCCAAGAGCUCAAGAUGGAAAUUGACCUCAAGACGGUAAAUUUCAUGCCUCUGUACGCAAUUCCAAGCUCAAGGCCUAAAGCGUUGGAGGUCAUGAUAGCUUCACCGACUGCAGACAUUACUCCGACUUUCCUCGAGCCCAAGCACAUCUUCAGCCUCCAGCAUCUGCUGACAGGGUACAAAGUAUAUGGGCGGUAUGACCAAGGAAUGGUCACAGUGUCCUUCACUAUCCCAGGCCAACCUAAACCACUUGAAGAGCAUGGGAGACUCCAACUAUGGUUGCCGCACCCGUUUCGUAGUUCGUCAACUCCCUCUUCCGGCGCUUCAAGCAUUGCUCCGAGCCGAUUUGGCAACAGCCGUACAAGUCUCGGUACUGGGAUGGAGACCAUGUCACUCAAUAGUCGCAGCGAACGUACUCCCACUCGGCUCGUCAGUCCCACAAGCCCAUUGGGCCCUGUUAGCUCUAUUUCCUUCAACAUGUCCAGGAACUCGUCCUCGGCGAGUUCUUCCCGCGAGAACGCAAUGUCUAACAGAAGGGGAGGCCCUUCAGCUCCGUCGGUUGCUGAUUCAAUCAAUCGAAGUAAAACAUCGACAUCAAUGGGGGACGCUCGAGAAAGCAUGACACCAAGUCGCACGAGCUCUCAAUCCACAACCAACAAGCUCACAAAGACUCAACGUCCACCCAGCAUAGCCCCAAGCACGAGGACGACAUCAAGUGUCACUUCCCACACCAGCAUGUCUUCAAUCACAACUGUCAGUACGGGCACCGGUAGAGCACAGAUUCACACCAAACCGGCGAAGCCAUUGCUGGUCAUUUUCCUGAAAAGUAAAGAAGUAACACAAAAGCUCGCAAUUGUCGCCAUUCAGGUUGACGAGAAGACGGAAGUUGAACGGGAGCGUUGCGGAUGUCGGUCCUCUAAUAGCAAGUGCGAGGAUAGUUGUAUUGAGAGAUCCGGGGGUAGUUUGCUUGCGCAGCGUUGGGAUGCGGAUCGGCUGGGGAGCUGGAAUUUGGCGAAGUUGGGUGUCGAGCAAAAGAAGGAGUUGCCGGAAGAUGCCUGGGAAGAUUUGAAGAGAGUGAAGCUGAAGUUUGAUAGCCUUGAAGAUCGGCUUAAGUUCAGUGGGAAGCCUUGCCGCUGCAAACCACUGAUGCAACAUGAUCUAUCAGCGUGCGUAUUGGAGGGCCAUCAUGGCGUCUUUGGAAUUGUCAAACAGAUAGGCAGCCAGAAUCUGAGAAACUACCAUCAGGCACGCGAGGAAGCUGUGGGACGGAGCAUCGAACUUGCCCCAUUGCUUGAACACGAGUAUUGA